AUGGCGGGAUCAUACACCAAUGGAGAAUUACCCCGGACGAUGAUCGAAGGCCCACACAAUUCUCAGGAACAAGCUUCGGACGAGAUUCUGGAAAAAGUUGUUCUAGACGAGAAUUUGGAGUCAUUUUUGAACUUUUCAGGUUCAACCUUCGUCAUGGAUGAGUUCCUGCAGGAUAACCCAAAUCAUACCACUCAGUGGCAAACGAUGGAUCUCCACCCCUUACAAGACAUUGUAGAGCCAAGCAAUAACCUGUGGACAUUUGAUGCAGCAAAUAAUCAUUUCUCAAAUAACUUCUCCGCGGAGCCACCCAUGGUUAAUAUCCCUUUCGAAGACUACAAUACUUUCGAAAGUUCGCUUUCACAUUUCGAGUCUGAUGGGUCUGACGGGUGGCUUACCUCAUUUCUUGAGUCACCCGAGCCAAUACUUGAUCCCUCGUCGGAGGUUGGUUUAUUCACAGGACAGCAAUCUCCUUACGAAUCUGAUCGAAUCAGUGCUGAGAUGCCCCUCGGAGACGAAGAUCCUAUUACUUAUAUACCUGAAGUAGACUCUUCUUGCAAUCGGUUCAAAGAUGAGGUGCCCAAACUGGUGCUAUCAGAACCCCGGGUGGAUGUCACAACUGCCUAUGACCAUCCGACUCUUCGCCCGAGUGGAGAUGCCGUUGCGUCUCCUCGAAACAUGGAAGACUGUUUGAUUGAAUUUCCCAGUGGAAUAAAGGCGCCUAAGAGGAAAAGAAAGGAAUUCAAUCGAAGGGAAAAAUUAAAAGUGCAUCUAGUCCGACAAGCUGGGGCAUGUCAAAGUUGUCGAGCACGCAAGGUUGAGUGUACUGCUGAUGGCAUUUGCGAUCGAUGUUUUAAGCUAGCGGGUAACCCACUUAUGGCUCAACAAAUUUGUAUUCGACAUAAAUUGAAAGAUAUUUACCUUGGAGUAAGAGAUGUUCAAACCAGAUUGCUCUCCUCUGGAAAAGAGCAAGUGCAUCAGCUACUUCGUUCAUUGGAGGGUCAUGUAGCAAAAGUUGAACUUCGAGCGGACUGUUCCAUGGCAAACUUUCCAUGUCGCUCACUUCCUUGCCAGGUGAUGGUUUGUAGAUCUGUGGAUCUCUGCCGUUGGCGAAGUCUGACGAAAAUGAAUGGCGUUUACAUCACACACAAGUCUUUACGAGAUAAGACAUAUCUUGUUGUACCAGACUCACUACCUUCUGUUGAUGAAUUGGAUUUCUUUGGUCGAGAGAUCCUCUUAUCCUCUCCCGAGAGUCACUCGGGCAGAAUAACGCAUAUGUUGGAUAAGUUCCUUUACAUGUAUUGUAAACAGUAUUUCGGAACACAUCUGGCAUGUCUAUGUAAUGCUGCAUUCAGAAUUACGAGCUUGAACAGCCUCGUGUUCUAUGGAGUAGCCAACAUCCAUUGUCACCCUGACGGUCAGCUUGAAGUAGUCAAUACAAUCAAUGACACGUUCUCUCCAGAUACUGUUCGUGAACAAGUCCGUCUUAAAGCUUCCGAGGGUCUUGAGGAAGCUGAGAAGUACUUUUUUACCGAGAUUGAGAAUAUCUGCAAGAAGUCUGGAAGCAGCAAACAAACUCGCACCAUCGCUGGUAUAUGCUUGCUAAGAUUGAUGCUUUUCUAUCGAGAACGGGUGGUAAGAAUUGAUUUGAGGUCUAAUCUUCCAAGAUGUAAGAGCGAUGAAGAUCUCAAAAAUUGCAUUCAUCCAGGAAAGACAGAUCCUCAAAAGCGGUCUGAACAAUGUGGCUUCAUGUAUAAACAAUUGGCUGUGGCAUUCAGCACUCUUUGUCGUGGCGACAACACACCUUUGACGAACGAUUGGGAAGCCGAAGCUUCUGGUAAAGUAGCUCCAGAUGUGCCUUUACUUGCAAACACUUUCUCGGACCUCAAAUUGGCGUAUACAGAAUUCUGUGAAAAUAAAUUGACGCAUCGGGACGAUGAUGUUUUCAAGAUUUUGAUCGUCGAUCCCGCAGUUAAAGAGAGGGAACGGGUGGCGAAGAAACAAUCGAAGCCCCCCAAGUUCGGCCCUUUAACACCAUUCAGACUUCCUCUUCUGAUUUCGCACUUGUUCUUGCCGCCGAUGUUCAAUCAUAAUAACCACACUAAACAAGCAGUUGACAGCCAUAACACCGCCAACAGGAGUCCUAAUCUCGCAUCCUCGUCUUAA